GGUCACUUACGCAGAUAAUCCCAUUGUUUCUCCCAUUUAUAGAACUCGCCUUCCAGGCCACGUGCUACAUACCUCGACCCCGCUCCAUAGCUGAGCCUCCCAUCAUAUUUAUUGCCAGGAAAUUGCGAUUUGAAAAGAGAUCUGGUGGAUGGAUGGUAGAGAUCUGGUAGAGAUCAAUGGCAAAGUCACGAAGGACAUCCUGCUCAGUGCACCGACUGACCCGGCUUCUGCUGCAAGCAGCCCUCCUGGCCCAGGCCGUGGAUGUGGACGCCACCGAACGCAGACAGGGAGGCAGCGGGAGACCCACCAUGAUGUUGCUGGUUGCAGACAGGGAAUCGGAUUGAAGGACCACCUUCUCCCAAAUGAGCCGCCUCCUACGUCAAGAUCAUCAGCCGGGUCUCCGCUUCAGGCACCCAAGCCUCCAGAAUUAGGCAAAGAAGAUGUGAAGUGAACCCCAAGCCCCGGGGCUGUGUUCUGCGAGCGCUGUGUUUUCUCUGAACCCCUGUCCGGCUAGGAAAUGUCCAGUUCAACUCAAGUGUUUCCCCACCCAGUGUUCUGCACAGGACUGCUGGCAUUGUUGCCUGACAGAUCACGGGCCAAAAAAUGAACUGGAGCCAACGUGCAGCCACUGAUCUCCAGCAGAAGGGUACCAGGUGUUUCAGGUGAAGCCUUCGCACACCAGAGAGGAGACCUCCCCCCCGCAGCUGACGGUGCUCGCGCUAGUCAAGACAAGGGCGUCUCCCUCUCCCGGGCGGCCAGUGUCGUAGCUUCAGACCAACCCAAAGACGUCAUCACUGGCUCUUGCUGACGGAGCUGGAAGAUUAAGGACUACAAUGGAAGAGAAUGUGUUCAGUGUGCAGCAGAUCCAGCCCAACGUCAUCUCGGUGAAGCUUUUCAAGCGCAAGGUUGGAGGUCUUGGGUUCUUAGUGAAGGAGCGCGUCAACAAGCCACCGGUGAUCGUUUCCGACUUGAUCCGAGGAGGGGCAGCCGAACAAAGUGGCCUUAUUCAGACGGGGGACAUUAUCCUUGCGGUCAAUGGAAGGCCCCUGGUGGAUAUGAACUAUGACAGUGCUCUGGAGGUCCUGAGGAGCAUUGCCUCGGAGACGUACGUCGUCCUCAUCUUGAGAGGUCCGGAGGGCUUCACCACUCACCUGGAGACUACCUUCACCGGCGACGGGACGCCGAAGACCGUCCGAGUCACCAGGCCCUUGUGCCCGACCCCCACAGCAGCGGACUUGCAGUCUAAUCCGAGCCUCCACACCAAAGAUCCGCAGCAAGGCGGGGACCACACGAUGGGGGGCUCUGUCAGUUCUCGGUGUGCCCGAGAGAAUGGGCAAGGGGAAGGGACUCUGGUGCAUGUCAACGGUGUGGUUUCCGGCACGGUGGCCACAGACUCUCUGAAAAGCAACGAUGCCGACGUUUCCAGUCACUGCCUGAAUGGCAGUGUCGAGAACAGCGAACUGCUCAAGGAGAUUGAGCCGGUCCUAGAUCUGCUGAAGAGCAAGGAACUCAAUGGAGACCCGCAGCCCAAGAUGGACACCCGGGAUGUAGAAGUUCAAGUGGACAGUUUACGGGCAGGAGACCGGAAGUCGCCUAAAUCGUUGCCAGCCGGGAUGGAAAAUGACCGAGUCUUCAGUGACCCCUGGGGGAAGACGGACACUUCUGCCGUUGUGAGCAACCCGUCUUUGGAAAAGGAGCAGCUUCCACCCUCGGGCCGGCAGUCUCCCGCCAAGAACCUGGCGAAUGGCAGCCCGUCCAAGUGCCCCCGCUUUGCGAAAGUCCGGAACUGGGAGACGGGCUCCGUGCUCCACGACACUUUGCAUCUGAACAGCGCCAUGGUGACGCCCUGCAGCGAGCAGGUCUGCAUGGGCUCCAUCAUGAUGCCUUCCCAGCACGUCCGAAGGCCAGAAGACGUCCGGACAAAAGAGGAGCUGCUCCCGCUUGCGAAGGAAUUCAUCGACCAGUACUAUUCCUCCAUCAAGAGGUUCGGCUCCAAGGCCCACACGGAGAGGCUGGAGGAAGUAACCAAGGAGAUCGAGGCGACCGACACCUACCAGCUGCGAGAUACGGAGCUGAUCUACGGCGCUAAGCAUGCCUGGCGCAACGCCUCCCGCUGCGUGGGCCGGAUCCAGUGGUCCAAGCUGCAGGUCUUUGACGCCCGGGACUGCACCACCGCCCACGGGAUGUACAACUACAUUUGCAACCACAUAAAAUACGCCACCAACAAAGGGAACCUCAGGUCUGCCAUCACCAUAUUCCCCCAGAGGACGGAUGGCAAACACGACUUCCGCGUCUGGAACUCUCAGCUCAUCCGCUACGCUGGCUACAAGCAGCCCGAGGGCACCAUCCUGGGAGACCCAGCCAACCUGGAGCUGACGGAGAUCUGCAUACAGCAAGGGUGGAAAGCCCCCAGGGGCCGAUUCGACGUCCUGCCGCUCCUCCUCCAGGCCAACGGCAACGACCCCGAGCUCUUUGAAAUCCCACCUGAGCUGGUGCUAGAAGUCCCUAUUAGGCACCCCAAAUUUGCCUGGUUUAAAGACCUAGAGCUUCAGUGGUAUGGCUUGCCGGCCGUUUCCAACAUGCUGCUUGAGAUCGGGGGCUUGGAGUUCUCGGCCUGCCCCUUCAGCGGCUGGUACAUGGGGACAGAGAUUGGAGUCCGUGAUUACUGUGAUAAUUCUCGCUACAAUAUCCUGGAGGAAGUUGCCAAAAAGAUGAACUUGGACAUGCGGAAGACCUCCUCCUUGUGGAAGGACCAGGCUCUGGUGGAGAUAAACAUUGCUGUUCUUUACAGCUUCCAGAGUGACAAAGUGACCAUUGUGGACCACCACUCUGCCACCGAGUCCUUCAUCAAGCACAUGGAGAACGAGUACCGCUGCCGGGGGGGCUGCCCCGCUGACUGGGUGUGGAUCGUACCCCCAAUGUCCGGCAGCAUUACCCCUGUUUUCCACCAGGAAAUGCUCAACUACAGGCUCACCCCUUCCUUCGAGUACCAGCCUGAUCCUUGGAACACGCACAUCUGGAAAGGCAUCAAUGGCACCCCCACCAAGAAAAGAGCCAUCGGGUUCAAGAAGUUAGCAAAAGCUGUGAAGUUUUCUGCCAAGUUGAUGGGGCAGGCGAUGGCGAAGAGAGUCAAGGCCACUAUCCUGUAUGCCACUGAAACGGGAAAGUCUCAGGUGUAUGCAAAAACCCUGUGUGAAAUCUUCAAGCAUGCUUUCGAUGCCAAGGUGAUGUCCAUGGACGAGUACGACACUGUCCACCUGGAACAUGAAACCCUCGUGUUGGUGGUCACCAGCACCUUUGGCAAUGGAGACCCGCCUGAGAAUGGGGAGAAAUUUGGCUGCGCCCUGAUGGAGAUGAGGAAUCCCAACACCAAUCUGGAAGAGAGGAAGAGCUACAAAGUGCGUUUCAACAGCGUCUCCUCCUAUUCGGAUGCCCGGAAAUCCUCGACGGAUGGUCCUGAAGCCAGGGACAACUUUGAGAGUACUGGGCCUCUGGCCAACGUCAGGUUCUCCGUCUUCGGCCUCGGGUCGCGUGCCUACCCCCACUUCUGCGCCUUCGCCCGCGCCGUAGACACGCUCUUGGAGGAGCUGGGCGGGGAGCGGAUCCUGCGGAUGGGAGAGGGAGAUGAGCUGUGUGGGCAGGAGGAAUCCUUCAGGACUUGGGCCAAGAAAGUCUUCAAGGCAGCGUGCGACGUGUUCUGCGUGGGCGACGACGUCAACAUCGAGAAGGCCAACAACUCGCUCAUCAGCAACGACCGCAGCUGGAAGAGGAGCAAGUUCCGGCUGACCUACGUAGCCGAGGCCCCCGAAAUCACACAAGGUUUGUACAGCAUCCACAAGAAGCGAGUCUUUGCCGCCCGGCUCCUAAUGCGUCAGAAUCUGCAAAGCCCCAAAUCAAGCCGGUCCACUAUCUUCCUGCGGCUUCACACCAACGGGCACCAAGGGCUGCGUUACCUCCCCGGAGACCAUCUGGGCGUGUUUCCAGGCAACCAUGAAGACCUGGUCAACACGCUGAUUGAACGGCUGGAAGAUGCACCUCCCACUAACCAGCUGGUGAAGGUGGAACUUUUGGAAGAGAGAAGCACGGCCUUAGGUGUCAUCAGCAAUUGGACAGAUGAGAGCCGUAUUGCUCCCUGCACCAUCUUCCAGGCAUUCAAGUACUACCUGGACAUCACCACACCUCCCACGCCGCUCCUGCUCCAGCAGUUUGCCUUGCUAGCCACUAGCGAGAAGGAGAAGAAAUCCCUCCAGGUUCUUAGCAAGGGCCUGCAAGAAUACGAAGAGUGGAAAUGGUCCAAGAACCCGACUCUGGUGGAAGUGCUGGAAGAGUUCCCGUCCGUGCAGAUGCCUUCCACCCUCCUCCUGACCCAGCUUCCCUUGCUGCAGCCUCGCUACUACUCCAUUAGCUCCUCCCCGGACAUGUACCCCGAUGAGGUCCACCUCACCGUGGCCGUGGUCUCCUAUCGCACCAGAGACGGAGAAGGGCCAAUACAUCACGGAGUCUGUUCCUCCUGGUUCAAUCGGAUACAAACAGAUGAAGUCGUGCCAUGUUUCGUCAGAGGAGCGCCUGGAUUCCACAUGCCACAAGACCCACAGGUUCCCUUGAUCCUGAUUGGCCCCGGGACAGGGAUUGCGCCUUUCCGGAGCUUCUGGCAGCAACGCCUCUUUGACAUCAAACACAAAGGGCUCAAGCCGUGUCCCAUGACCCUGGUCUUUGGUUGCCGACAGUCCAAGAUUGACCACAUUUACAAAGAGGAGACCCUGCUGGCUAAAAACAAAGGAAUCCUCAAGGAGCUCUACACAGCCUACUCCCGGGAGCCCGGCAAACCAAAGAAAUAUGUGCAGGACAUCCUACAGGAGCAGUUGGCAGGAUCCGUCUAUAAAGCGUUGAAGGAGCAGGGCGGCCACGUCUACGUCUGCGGCGACGUCACCAUGGCCGGAGAUGUCCUCAAGACCAUCCAGAGUAUUGCAAGACAUCAGGGCAAGCUGAUAGCAGAGGAGGCCAGCGCUUUUAUCAGCAAGCUAAGGGAUGACAACCGAUACCACGAGGAUAUAUUUGGAGUCACCUUGCGCACAUACGAAGUGACGAACCGCCUCCGAUCCGAGUCGAUUGCGCACAUCGAGGAGAGCAAGAAAGACACGGAUGAGUGGCCAUCGCUAAUGAAGUACUACAACCAGGCAGAAAGCGUGAACUGGCUGGAGGAAUACAGAGCCCGGCAGAAAGCUGGCUUGGAGGCACGAAGAAUUGUCGCCUCGUUCUCCAAAAGGUUCUUUUCGGAGCAUGUUCCCUGCGAUGGCUUCAGUGAUGUUGAAACGCUUGAGUGUCCCUGUCACUUCUUUGAGGAUGAGUUGAUGUCCAUCCUGAGUAUGGAAGGAAGCAAAGGCCUGACAUGGAAAUACUAUGCAAAGAAAAUCCUCUACUUCCUGCGGCAACAAAAUAUCUUAAAAAAACUGAAGGCAUAUCUCCAGCGCCCAGCAGAUGAGCAGUCCUUUAUGGAAGGUGCUGUAUUGAUUGACCAGUAUUGUAACCCACUGUCUGACAUCUGCUUAGAGAGCGUCCAGGCCCAGGUUGAUGACAUCAUUUCUAAAGUUCGUAAACAUCUGAAAUCCAAAAACCCCAGGCAUCCAAGCGUAGCCCACACAGCAGGAGAGGCCUUGAUAGUCUCCCAGGUGGAGCUUCAGAGGCAGGUUCUCGAUGCCAUGAACUAUGUCCUGUAUGAACAAUUAAAAUACAAAGGGAACGAAGUGGAUUACUACAAUUCUCUGAAUUCAUACAUCCGCCAGGUUUUGAUCCACAGGACAGGCAUCCCGAUCAGCUUGUCAGUGCUGUAUUUGACCAUCGCCAAGCAGUUGGGUGUCCAGCUAGAGCCAGUCAACUUUCCCAGUCAUUUUCUGCUCAGAUGGUGCCAAGGGACAGAAGGAAGCCCCAGCAUCUUUGACUACGCGUACAUCGACGCCUUUGGGAAGGGCAAGCAGCUAACCGUGAAGGAGUGCGAGUACCUGAUUGGGCACCACGUGACGGAGGAGUUCUAUGGAGUGGCGACGGCCAAGGAGGUUCUCCAGCGCAUGGUGGGCAACCUCUUGAACAUUGGGAAGCGGGAAAGCACUGAUCAGUCCUACCAGCUCUUGAGGGAUUCUUUGGAUCUGUACCUGGCCAUGUAUCCAGAUAACGUGCAGCAUCUGAUGCUCCAAGCUAGACUCUACUUCCACCUGGGCAUCUGGCCAGAAAAGGUGCUGGACAUCUUGCAGCACAUCCAAGCUCUGGACCCCUCCCAGCACGGGGCGGUGGGCUACUUAGUUCAGCACACCCUGGAGCAUAUUGAGCGCCGGAAGGAGGAGGUGGGUCCGGACGUGAAGCUCCACUCGGAGGAGAAGCACAAAGAUGUCUGCUACUCCGUCGGUCUGGUGAUGAAGCACAAGAGAUAUGGCUAUAACUGUGUCAUCUACGGCUGGGACCCGGCCUGCAUGAUGGGCCACGAGUGGAUCCGGAACAUGAACGUCCACAGCCUGCCCCAUGGCCCCCACCAGCCUUUCUACAACGUUUUGGUGGAGGACGGAUCCUGCCGCUACGCAGCGCAAGAAAACCUGGAACACAACCUGGAGCCCGGCGAAAUCCCUCACCCAGACAUUGGCCGCUACUUCAUGGAAUUUGCCGGCACUCACUAUGUGGCAAAUGCAGAGCUGGAAAUCCGUUACCCGGAAGAUCUUGAGCUCACGCGUGCGACGGUCCAAAAGACGUACAAUGCGAAAAAAGAGUGAGCCUUUCUUUAAAAACGCAGGAGGCACACAUCCGCAGUGACGACUGCUUUGCAGAAAGCCCAUUUUCGUGACUGUCCUCUGGCUUCGUCCAGACGUGCGUUUUGCAUUGGAAUGAGUGGCACCGUGUUCGUCCUGGACCCACCCAGUUAUGCCGUGCCAAACACUAGUGAAAUAACGUGGGACGCAGAAUGGCCAAGAGGACAUGCUACUUGUCUGCAGUUACCUCCGCCCUACAAAGCACAUGGUCCUUCCUGGACUUCAGAGCUCUUAUUCUGGAACUGAAGACAUCCCCUCCAUAGCAUGGAGACUGAAACAUUCACAUUUAAUGAGUGGGGGUUGGUCACAUAUGCAGCAUUUCAAGGAUCUGGGUUUUGUACAUAAUCAUUUAAGGUCACCUGAAAAUAAUGCCACUCUGUCCCCUGACUUUAUUGCGACCCAGUGCCGAAAUCCUGGGAAGGAGACGAAACAUUCCUGGCCACGAAUCUUGAGCAGAGCCCCUUCCUGCAAAGGGGAGGGGGAGCUGUUUGACUCCUCUUGUUUCCUGCAGCCUUGAGGGGGGGCCUUCCGCCCCCCGCCCUCCUCCUGUGCUGGCGUGGCCUGCACUUGUAUUCAGGCUGGAAUGUCUAUCCUUCCCUUCAUCUCGGCCGACUCCAUUCUGUACCUCUUAUGCCUGUCUUGGAGAGGCUGCACAAGUGGGCAUAUCAAAAGCAGGCGGGCGAGCUCUUCUCUCUCUCAUAAUUGGCAUCAAAGGGAGCUAUCCAGCCUGCACCAUUAAGGUCCACAUGUUAAAAUGCAAAUCCAACCUCUCCUCCCUCCCCGCCACACACACACCCCCUUUAAAAAUCCAAACCCACUUCCUGUUGCAGGAAAACAGGAAAAUGUCAUGGCUGAAGUUCCUGGUUAUCAGUGUUUCAGGAAACCUGAAUUACUUGAUUCGCAGUCCAACUGCCCGCGUAGUAUCUAGUCGUGAUAGGGCACCAUGGUUGAUCAUGAUCAUGUCCUCCUGCAUUGUGUUAAACACUGUAAACAUAUCUCGCAAAGAUGCAGAGCACGGAUUUUUAAAAUUGACAUCUCCAGCAGACAGCAGUCGAUUAUUUACUGGAUUACUUGCUUAGUGAAGCUCGGGGUAAGUUAGAAUUAUCACGUUGCGACGGGUGAAAUGGCCCUCUCCUGAGCUUCGUGUUGAAUGUUGCUGUUAGCACUGGAGCCACUCUUUUCAGGAUUAACUGUUGACCUGCAUGCUGUAAUCUUCCUAGUAUUUAAGAAGCACUUUUCCUUGUGGAGUUCAGCAAUAUCUGAGCGCAUGCGCACUGGGAUGUUUGCGAGCAUCAUGUCGAAGGCCAUCCUAGUCCUUGGCUGCAGACACCCGAGAGAUUGCAUGGACAGGGGCGACGGUCCCUGCAAUCGCAGCCGAGGACGGUGAGCGUAUUCCGAGAGGUGGCUCAUGCAGGCAAGCCAUUUAAUAUCUGCCUCGGCCCUGCGGGAAGCCAGCCGGAAGUAAAGCUUGAGGACACAAAUGACGAGAGAAGCCAAGUCAAAAGGAGGGGAGACACAUCCAAGCCAGAGCAGGAAUGGGCAAAGAGAUGAUUCCACCGAGAACGUUGCAAGUGCAACAAUGAAGUUGCCUCCUUUCCAUCUCUAGUGGGGGCAGGCGUUGCCAGAAAUCACUGGUAACAUUCACCCCCUCAGAUGGUUCCAGUGGUCAACAUUUGUGGGUCUGCCUGAUGGACUCAGACCACAUAGGCUGGAUUGGAGGCCUUGGAAUCCUAUGCAGCCUGUGCAAAAAAGAUCCAACUGUCCUACUUUCAGAGGGGUAAGAACUUUUAGGUCUUAGCGCUAGCUGCUUCCUUUCCCUCUCCAUGCUCCUGGGAAGCCCGAUCCUUGCCUGUGGUACCUCCUUCCCAGGGUGCGUCAGCAUAGUUUGUAAAGUACUUAGAAAUCCUUAUAUGAAAGGUGCUAUCUAUAUGUAUAAAUCGACAUAUAUUAUGAUACUUUAAAACAAAACCACUAGAUUUGUACAGCUAAAACAUACAAUAUGCAGUUUUGAUCACAAAAUGAGCUAUUUUUAGGGAAGUUUUGGGUUCUGGGUGCUUUAUUCCUUUGGCUCUCAGAAGUAAAAAUAAACUGUCAGUUUUGUCCAGGUUAUAAGCCGUAUAUAUGUAUUUAGACUGUUUUGAAACAGUCUAUUUAUUUAAUUAGAUAUGUAUUUAUUUAAUUAGACAGGGCUACAAAAGGGGUUCCCACAGCGCAAAUAUAUAUGGGUCUCUUUGGGCAUUUAUAUAAUAUAUAUUUUUAAAUAGAAUGAAUUCUGGGCCUGUGGAUCAAAUCCUUUGACUUUUUCUGUUGUUCUGUGAAAGUUCCUGAUGUAGCUGUAUUGUUUCUGUCUAUAAAAUCUGAACAAUUUCAAGGUAA